GACGGUGCCUUGGUGAAGGACCGUUUUCCCCCAUCCCUUCCUAUUAUCCUUAUUCUUUCCACUAUUCUUCAUUGUCAAGCCGCCAAAGUGGAGAGUGUGAUUGCAGAAGGGGGUGCUUCUCGUUUCAGCGAGUUCCUGGGGAAAACCCCAGGGCAAAGCGUUCAGAGAUGGGUUCCUUCACGAAGCACUAGACGAGAUGCCAACUCCAGCAAUGAAAAAGAGCGGCACGAUGCGAUCUUCAGGAAAGUGAGAGGCAUACUCAACAAACUCACCCCUGAUAAGUUUGACAAGCUAUGCCUUGAGCUCCUGAACGUGGGCGUAGACUCCAAACUCGUCCUUAAAGGUAUCAUCUUGCUGAUUGUGGACAAAGCCCUAGAAGAGCCCAAGUAUAGCUCGCUCUAUGCUCAGCUAUGUCUGCGAUUGGCAGAGGACGCACCAAACUUUGAUGGCCCUUCAACCGAGAUCCAAACCUGCCAAAAGCAGAGCACAACCUUCAGAAGACUGCUGAUUUCCAAGCUUCAAGAUGAAUUUGAAAACCGCGCCAGAAAUGUUGAGAUCUAUGACAAACAUGACAACCCUCUCACUUCUGAGGAGGAGGAACAGAGAGCCAUUGCCAAGAUCAAGAUGCUUGGCAACAUUAAAUUCAUCGGGGAACUUGGCAAACUCGACCUCAUCCACGAAUCUAUCCUUCAUAAGUGCAUCAAGACGCUUCUGGAAAAGAAGAAAAGAGUCCAACUUAAGGAUAUGGGUGAGGAUCUGGAGUGUCUCUGUCAGAUAAUGAGAACUGUCGGGCCGAGACUCGACCAUGACAAAGCAAAGUCUUUAAUGGAUCAGUACUUUGGCCGUAUGCGAUCCUUAAUGAACAACAAGGAUCUGCCAGCAAGGAUUCGCUUCCUGCUGCAAGACACAGUGGAGCUGCGAGAGAACAACUGGGUCCCCCGCAAGGCUUUCCUCGACAACGGACCAAAGACGAUCAACCAGAUCCGACAGGACGCAGUGAAGGAUUUGGGUGUUUUCAUCCCAGCACCCAUGUCGCAGGGCAUGAGGAUGGACUUCUUCCUGGAAAGCCCCUUCAUGCCCAACAGAAUGAAACUGGACAGGGAGACGCUCGGCGGAUUGGCGGACAUGUUUGGACAAAUGCCAGGCAGUGGGAUUGGAACAGGUCCGGGAGUCAUUCAGGACAGGUACUCGCCCACCAUGGGACGCCAUCGCACCAACCCGCUCUUCAACGGCCACGGCGGCCAUGUCGCUCCUCAGCCGCAGUCACAGUUCGACAUCGGGCCCAAGUCCUCCUUCGUGAAGUCCAACCAGGUUCAGAACCAGCAUUUCCUCAGCCAGAGCCAGAGCCAUGCGGCCCAGCAGCAGGUCCAGUCCAAGGACAUUCCCCCUCGGUUCAGCAAGAAAGGACAGCUUAAUGCGGACGAGAUCAGCCUGCGACCGGCUCAGUCAUUCCUCCUCAACAAGAGCCAGGUUCCUAAACUCACGCCGCAGAUCCCCUCCAUGAUGCCCCCCAGUGCCCAGCCCCCUCGCACACAAACGCCACCUCUGGGACAGCCCCCUCAGCUCGGCUUGAAGACCAACCCACCGCCCAUCCAAGAGAAGCCUCCCAAGAUCAACAAGAAACCACCUCCUGCCAGGGAGGAGCUGCUGAAGUUGACGGAGGCAACAAUGAGCGAGUAUUUCACCAGCAAGAACCUGAGCGAGGCGGUCACCGGUCUGCGUUACAUGAAGGCUCCCAAGCACUUCCUCCCCGAGAUGCUGAGCAAGAUCAUCAUGUGCUCUUUGGAACGACCCGACGAAGACAAGGAGCACGCCAGCACCCUAAUCCACGCACUGCGCCUUGAUGGACUCAUUACGGCCGAGAACUUCAUGCAGGCUUUCCUCAACGUCUUGGACCAGUGCCCCAAGAUCGAGGUGGACGUGCCCCUGGUCAAGUCCUACCUGGCCCAGUUUGCCGCGCGGGCUGUCAUCGCCGAGUUGCUGAGCGUGGCCGAGCUGGCACACCCACUGGAGAACGGCACCCACUUCCCGCUCUUCCUCCUCUGCCUGCAACAGACCGCCAAGCUGAAGGACCGCGAGUGGCUCACUGACAUCUUCCAGCAGAGCAAAGUCAACAUGCAGAAGAUGCUGCCAGAAAUUGACCAGAACAAGGAUCGCAUGCUAGAGAUCCUGGAAGGCAAGGGCCUGAGCUUCCUAUUCCCGCUGCUCAAGCUGGAGAAGGAGCUGCUGAAGCAGAUCACGGCAGACCCGUCUCCACAGUCCAUCUACAAGUGGAUCAAGGACAACAUCUCCCCCAAGCUCCACACUGACAAAGGCUUUGUCAACAUCCUCAUGACCAGCUUCCUGCAGUACAUUGCCCAGGAGCUGUGCAUGUCCGAGGGUGACGAGCAGCUGUCGGCCCCUUCCAAGGAGCAGCUGGAGCAGGAGAAGACCCUGCUCCUGGCCUUUAAGCCUGUCAUGCAAAAGUUCCUCCACGACCACGCCCAACUGCAGGUCAGCGCCCUCUACGCCCUGCAGGUGCACUGCAACGCCAAUGGCUUCCCCAAAGGCAUGCUGCUGCGCUACUUUGUCAACUUCUAUGACAUGGAGAUCAUUGAAGAAGAAGCCUUCCUCGCAUGGAAAGAAGACAUUACCCAAGAAUUCCCUGGAAAAGGAAAAGCUUUGUUCCAGGUCAAUCAGUGGCUCACGUGGUUGGAGACGGCCGAGGAAGAGGAAUCGGAGGAUGACGGUGAUUGAACAAGCGCCAUCCACACAAGAUUACACUUUCCCUUUUGCUUUGCGUUCAUUUCCGCCAUUGAUCGAUUGAUUGAUUGAUGAACCACUCACGAAUAACACCGCCACAUCUCAACGCUUCCCACCCCCUUCCUUCUGCUCCUGUUCUGUGGCCAUGUGUGGUGUGUUUUUUUUAUUUUUUUCCCCUUUGUAGCGCUUUGUCCUUGUUUUGACUAAUCAGCUCACCCGGAAACAAAACAUCAAAGGUUGUAAAAACAUUUGGUUUAGGUGGCCUGUGCUCGCUUUCAUUUUUAAAAAUGUUUCUUGCAUCAAAGAAAUGCUCCUGAAAGUUCCUCCUCAACCAAUCACAGGUGACUUUAAACCUCUUAAGGUAGACUUUUUGUGUAAAUCUUUCCUUUCACGCAAAGCCCAGAGCGCUCUGCUUCAUUCCAUAUUUCCUCAAAUAAUGGCCCCAUUUAGUUGUAGGGUAUACUUGAAAAACAAACUCCUCACAAAAGGUAAUAAGUGUAAUUAUCUCAAUUCUUCGGUCACGUCAAAGACUUUAGGAAGUUGCUAACCAAAACAGCAGCACCUAAUGUGGCACAUUAACAAUCUAGUUACCUGUGCCGUCGUAAAGUUUAUCUUGCAUUAUAUGGUAGUUAAGACAACAAAUCCAGGCGUUAUGUCUUGUGGCUGACUUGAAAAGCUGCCUAUCAAUCAGUCAGGGUUCCAGUCACUCCACAAUGUUUCAUUUUAUUUUCCCUUUAAAGGCCUUUUCACGUGAGGUAAAUUGUUACAUACCGCUAAUGUACUUUAAUAUUAAAAAAAAUAAAGGCAUCACCCAGCAUCUGCAGUUUAGUAACGCCCCGCUCCAGGCCGCCACUUUCCGGAAAUACGGCAAUAAUCUCCCAAAUGACAUCACUCAUCAUGUAGAAGCCUUGUUUCUUUUUUUUUUUCUUUUUUUUUUUUUUUUUUUUUUUUUAAUAUAAACGUUUAAGUGAAUGAAAAAAAGCUGCAAGUGUCCCCUCCCAAUCUUACCCCUACUCAUCCCUCCUUACUUAAAACUGCUGAGUCAUUGUAAGUGAACAUCAUUGUACUCAUUCAUCAUGAUUGUGCACCUGCUUUAAUGUCAAUAAAGUCAGUAAAUGAACACCGAUAACAUCACUUGUCUGAACAGUCGUCGUCCCUCCAGUACUUAAUCUUGAUCCGUUGGCAUCCAGAAGUACUCCACUAGCCUUCUGCUCUGUUGAUGGGCCGCAGCCGAGUCAAGUGGUGCUCCCUGGAAAGGGGGCAGUUCGUCAGAGUGGCCCGGCCCGCAGUCCCUCGCCAAGUGGGGGGCGGUCACGCGAAGCACGGUCCUGGGAAACGAGGGUUGGCGAAACACGGCAGAAGGUGAAGCGUUUGGCCACUAGAGGGAGGCAAAUAGUUCGUAAGUCUGCGCAAGUCAUCUUAUUAUUCAUCUUUUUACACAGAUCACGCACACCAAGAAAAAUUAGUCUGAUAAUCUGUACACUGCUGUGAAACUACGACUCAAAAUUGCAACAAGCAGGGACUUAAAGUUAAAAAAAACUGCAUUUAUGGGCCUUUGCCUUUCAAACAGAACCCAGCAAAGCAGGAUAUUGUGUUGUGUGUAUUUUCACGCAGAUACAGUAUCCCACAAUCGGAUAAUUAGAUGUCCGUGUCUGGUGUGAAGUGAUUUCAGUGGUAAACAUGGCGUGUCUCAAAAUUGCAGCAUCUGAGCUGUAACACAAAUUUCAGCAUUUAUACCGACGUACUUAAGCAUUGUGUGACACUUGCGACAUACCGCUGUUCCAAAUUUAGGUAGAAAAUGCCCAGGAAGUCAUUUUUCAAGCUAUCCUAGUUGAUCUUUUACAUCUGGCUGUUGAAACGGCUGCAUUUCUCAUUAAUAUGAAAAAAUAUGGAAAUAAGCUUUGCUCUGAUUGGAUCGCCCAUGGAAAACAGCUUCGCUCUGAUUGGCCUUGGUGAAAGGCGAUAUCUCGGCGGCCAGGUCAAGCGUUCACCGCGACCUCGCGUUCAUUUCAUUCGUGAAGCAGAAUACCAACUACUCAAAACAAGUCACAACCCCACAGUGGAGGGGACCAUGUCUCAUGGGUGAAGUGAAAGUUCAAUCACUAUUACAGAAUUAUGUAAUUGGCUCGCAGCGUUCAUCUGUCGCACACAUUUUGUUGACUGUGACCGCUGCUACAGUCUACAUAAAUAUAGUUAUUGUAGUAAAAACCUUGCGGAGCCAAUGUUUUAGCUAUUACAGUAUUGUCUUUAUAUAUUUGUCUAAAAAAAAAAAAAAUCUCUCAAUCUGGCAUUUAGCAAAUAGAAAUAAAGAAAAUGGAAAAAAUGUUGGUGAUCCUAAUUAAAAUCGCAAAGUUUUCCCGAGAUGAGUGGGGGAUGUAGCAACCGCGAAGUGGGCAGGUACUUGAAUACUAAUUGGUGUAACUACGUCACACUGUUGGCGAUUUUAAAUCCUGUCGUUUGCGAGCUGUUUUGGUGUUCAAAGGCUAUUGCGUUAAAUCGACAAACCGUGCAGAGAUCAAACCUAAACCUGAUCACAGACAUAUUAUAACCUAUGUUAUGCAUAAAGCAGUGGGGAAAAUGGGAUUCUGAUGGUGUGGGACCUUUAAGUUUAUUUUUCAAUGAUGUGGACAUAGGCUAGAGUUUAAUUCACUCUCCAUGUUUAAAGGAAGAGGUUAGUCCUUAAAUUGCACUUUGAGGUGUUAUUCUGUCACGAUCUUUGUAUAAAAGAAGAAUGUGUCAUGCCUUAUAUUGCACUAAUUUGAAUGGCCAUAUUUGACAUUUUGAGUUGAAUGUUGUUUUUAAUGAAAUAAAUGGAGGACAAGGUUC